CAUUGUGCAAGAUGCUUAACUGCAAAGAUCUUUUGUGUGCAGCCCGGUGCAACCCGAGUGCAGUGAAGUGUGGUUCGUCGAUUUGCGUCAAGAUGCUGCCUGGUGUGUGAGAAGUUGAGCAAUUUGGAGGUAACUCUCCUUGCUGAUUGUGCGUUCGCACCAAAAAGAAUCCUCUUAAAUUCGAGGUGAUCGCGAUGGAUCGCGAACUGGUGGAGAAGUUCAUUGAAGUUACGGGUGAGAGUGAAGCAACAGCACAGCAGUAUUUGUCAUUAGCUGAUGGGAAUGUAGAAAUGGCGAUUAGUUUAAUGUUUGAAAGUGGCAGACCAUUAGAGAAUGAAAAUGUGAAUGCUGACCCAGCAGUGAGAGCUCCUAUCUUACCCACGCAAGAGAUAUUAGUGCCAUCAGAGCCAGUGUGUUCAUUUCCACGAAUAUCAAACAAUGUGUUCGACAGAUUUAGAGAUUUUGCAGUAGAAACCCAACGGCAAGAAGAAGAAAUGACUCGUAGAGUAUCUGGUAUGAAACAUAUCUGUCAAAGAAAAUCAAAACGAUUAGAAGAUCUAUUCCGACCUCCGUGCAACAUACUUUUUCUGGGCUCUUUUAUGGAAGCUCGAGAUCAUGCUAAAACACUGAAUCGUUGGCUGCUUGUCAAUGUCCAAAAUCCACAAGAGUUUUCUUGUCAAGUGCUCAAUAGAGACGUUUGGCCAAACCAACAGAUUCAAGAGAUUGUGAAGGAUCAUUUUGUCUUGUGGCAAGUAUUAUCUAAUACAUCAGAUGGAAGACGUUACAUAGACUUUUACAAUGUAGUGGAGUAUCCUUAUCUGGCAAUCAUAGAUCCCAGAACAGGAGAAUGUAUGAGAACCUAUAAUAAUAUCUCUGUGGACAGUCUGAUAUCUGGUUUAAAUGAUAUGUUGAGCACGCACGCAUCCCCAGAAAGCGCCUCACAGGAUACAUCGAAUUCUAAAGAUUGGAACAAUUUUCCUACAUCACCUCCGAAACGAAAUAUCUUGAAUGAUCAAAUAAAGAACGAUUGCGGACCUAGCAGUAAAACUUCCAGACUCUUGUCAGAAAACGUCAUAGAUUCGGAGAACGAAAAUAUGUUGUCUGAUAACAUCACAAGUUCAAGUGUUCCAAGCAGCAGCAGCAGCAGCAGUAGCAGCAAUAGUAAUAGCAGCAGCGGCAGCAGCAGUAGCAACACUAUUAUUAAUAAGAAAAGAAGGUUGGAAGAAUGUGAUAUUGAUAAACCUCAGCAAAAGACGGAAAAAUUAAAGCCAAGUACAGCUAAAGCUGGUAUAGGUGACGAACCUUUCCUACGGCUCUGCUUACGGUUGCCAAAUGGUACGAGAGAAACUAUAUCAAUAUGCGCGACAGAGACAAUAGAGGACUUUCUGAUUAAAAUGGAAGAAAUGGGAUUCCCACCAACGGAGCAUACUUAUUUGGUGCCAUAUCCGAAAACAAACGUUGGCGCAUUGUCUCCCAACAUCCGUCUAUUAGACACAAUUUUAUUUCCGGCGAAUACAGUAUUCAUAACGAAGAUAUAGUAAUAUCCCACAAAACGAACUGUGCUUCCUCUAUGAUUUCCCAACUGGCAUCUCAAGCAGAAAUAAGUCCGCUGAAAUUGUCUAGAAAUUGUAUACGCUGUGUGCGUACUUAAAAGUUGAAUUCCUCGAGAAAUUGGCAAACAAGUCGACUCGUCUCGAUCACGUGUUUCUUUUAUUUAUUCAAAUUAAUAUAUCCGAAAUUUAAGGCACGAUAUUGCUAGAACGGAUGAUGGACACAGUAAAGCACUGCCACUUCGGUGUUCAUUUCGUGUAGAAAUUUCGCUCGAUAACCUUUCUACUUUAGAGUAAGAUUUUAAUUAAGAAAGGAGGAUAGCUGCGACCCUAAUAUUUAUGAAAAAAAUCGUUAAUUACAUACGCUGUGUACAUCUAUUGUCCGUAUUCAUCACUAUUGAUAAUCUCAUUAUUACUAUCUGCUUUUUUUUUUUUCGAUUCUUGGCCAAUUUUACAAGAGCCGUCCAUAUUGUUAUAACAGUUUCGAUAUUUAUUCCCUGCGAAAAUAUUUCAAUAUGGCGCAAACGACAAAUUUAAAACACCUGGCAGAUAUUUUAUACGAUUUUAUUGCGCAAUAAAUUUCGCAACUUUAUUACGUAAUAAAUCAAAGAUUUUGCGGCAUUCUACACGAAAAAAAACUUUUCGCCAAUGUGAUUCAAGUAACGAGAACCAAGUAAAAAUUCAUAUUGUGGUAUAUUGUAGCUACGAAAAUAGUCAAUGGUAACAAUUCUAUACAUUGCCGAUAGUACAAGAUGUUAUGUCAAUGUGCGAUCUUCGUCAAGAUUAAUUAAUCGGUUCAAACUUAAAACUGCCGGUAUAAUUAAGAUAGAUAUAGAUCGUGAUAUUUUAUGAGUAUUGAUUGUAACUAAUAUCUGGUAGUAUACUGGUGUUACCCAUCGACUAUAGUAAUGUUUCACGUGCACCAUAUAUUUCUAUUUAUACUUAUUUUCCAGUGUAUAAUAUUACAUAACUCUCUAUAUACUGUUCAAUAAUGGUAAGGAAAGGUGUCUCUUCAAAUUUACGCGUCUCAUAUUAUGUAUCUAUCUAUCAAAUGGAUAUUAAAUAUAGGAUAUAAUUGAAUUUUA